AUGGAUUUCUACGCUCGAAAUUUGCAGACAAUUAUUGAUAACAAACACAUAGUCUUCGGGAGAGAACCGGAAGACCCGAUGGAUUGCAUCGAGUAUUUCAUUUGUUGUGAAAUAUUCAAAGAGCUCUUAGAGAGCGUUCAAUAUCUACACGACUCGUGUCCACCGGUUAUCCAUCGGGACCUCAAACCACAGAAUGUAAUGAUAGACCAAAACAAUAACAACAAUAGGUUUAUAAAACUGUGUGACUUUGGUUUGGCUACCGAUCACAUGAAGACAUCCAUUGGCCACACAUGUAAUGUGGGAACCCAUGCAUAUAUGGCACCCGAAUUACAUCAGCGCCGGUAUAACAAUAAAGUAGACAUCUAUAGCCUGGGAGUGAUUGCAAUGAAUUUGUUUGUGUUAUUCGAUUGUUGUGGUGAUUAUCACUCACUUGUGGUCACCGGAGAUGACUGUGUCUACGGAUGGGGUUAUAAUAGAUACGGACAGACGGGUUGUGGAGAACAGCGUUCGACUGAAGUCAUAAUAAGUCCAAUGAAAAUACAAUUUAUAGACAAUGGAAUUGAAUAUAAAAUACGUGGCAUUUAUUGUGGUGUCUAUUCUUCGUUUGCCGUCACAACUGAUGGCCGAGUCUUCAGUUGGGGUCAAAAUAACAGCCAUUUGGGACACAAUAUAUCGGAUAAUACGUGGUUUGAAGACAACAAAUUUUACGUAGGAAUGGAGUUGUGUUCACACAGUUUAGUAAAAAUACUUUCACUCAAAGGCACAGCAUUUGGUCGCCAAUCGGCCGAAGAGGCCAUGAAUUCGUCGGAAUUUUUCAUUUCGUGUCAAAUAUUUGCAGAACUGUUGAAAUGUGUCCAACAUUUGCAUGAUUUGAGUCCAGCAGUGAUUCACCGAAACCUCAAACCCGAAAAUGUGUUAAUCGGAGGCAAAGCCGAGAAUUUGUGUUUAAAAUUAUGUGACUUUGGUUUGAGUCAUGUUUUUAAGAGUCUGACCUCUAAGAGAGAUCCCGAAUAUCUAUCGCCCGAAGAAACUGACGGACAAACUGUUGAUUACAAGACAGAUGUUUACAGUGCGGCCAAAAUCGGAGAAAAUAUAUUUGAUAUGCAAUUAACAAAUAAAUUAUUGGCGCCGGUAACCACAGCAACGGCCAAAUCGCCACGUUUACGGCUCAAUUUGUUACACAUCGGUAGCGGAGGUUUUGGUGAUGUAUAUAAAGUUAAGCAUAAAUUAGAUCAGGAAAUAUACGCGAUUAAAGUUAUUAAGUUGCUUGACAUUUAUGAUGAUAAUAAACGUCAGGACAAACUCAAUGAGGUGCAAAAGUUAGCAAAAUUACGGUCAGAAUAUGUGGUGAAUUACCGCAACUCAUGGCUGGAAGACAAUCAUCUGUUCAUUCAAAUGGAUUUUUAUACACAAAAUCUUCAGACAAUUCUCAACACAAAACACAUUGUCUUCGGAAGAGAACCGAAAGACCCGAUGGAUUGCAUCGAAUAUUUCAUUUGUUGUGAAAUAUUUAGAGAACUCUUAGAAAGUGUACAGUAUUUACACGACUCGUGUCCACCGGUUAUCCAUCGGGACCUCAAACCGGCAAAUGUGUUGAUAUCAGUGAAUAAUAUUAAUAAUCGAUUCAUAAAACUGUGUGACUUUGGUUUGGCUACCGAUCACAUGAACACAUCCAUUGGCCACACCUCUAAUCUCGGAACCCAUGCAUAUAUGGCACCCGAAAUACAUCAGCGCCGGUAUAACAAUAAGCGAUACCCCGGAGCGCCCAUACAGGUGCUCAAAGUGAGUGCUGAAGGGCGGGUUAAACUCGAUUUGGAGGCUCUGUCGGCCAUUUUAUUGCGCGACUCGAUCCGCGACAAACCCGUUGUGGUGGUCAGCAUUGCCGGCGACUUUCAUAGCGGCAAGUCCAUUAUGCGGGACUUUUUCCUGCGAUACCUGCAGUCGGGUUGCGGCACAACCCCUGACUGGCUCGGCUCCACAGACACCUCACCCAAGGGGUUCUCGUGGAGGAGCGGCAGUGAAAGGGUUACCACAGGUAUACUGAUGUGGUCGGAGCCGUUUUGCGUCAAAUUGGAUGACGGCCAGGAGGUGGCCAUCGUUUUGAUGGACACUCAGAGGGCGUUAUACUCGGAGUACACCGUCAAGGACUCGGCCACUCUGUUCGCGUUGUCCACUAUGACCUCGUCAAUACAGGUGUUUAAUGUGACGGACAAUCUCCAGGAGAACGACAUAGAAAUGUUGGACGUUUUUGCAGAGUACGGACGCCUGGCCGUCGAGGCCAACGGCGAGACACCCUUCCAGAAGCUAAUGUUUCUCAUUCAAGACUGGAUUAUCCCAUACGAAAACCCGUACGAUCAGAAAGGCGAUCUGAGUCUACUGAUGAAAAGGUUGCACCAACCGGCAGAAAUGGGAAGAAUCAUGAGACUUAUUCAAUCGUGUUUUAGCGAUAUUGGCUGCUAUGUGAUGCCAUAUCCGGGCGGCAAAGUGGCCACUACUGAGCACUUUGACGGCCGAACGGCCGAUAUUGACUCGGAGUUUGUCAACUCUCUGAAGACGUUUGUGCCGCUGAUGUUAGACCCGAAGAAUGUGGUCGUGAAGGAGAUCGGCGGCCGUCGGGUCACCGGCAGACAGUUGAUGGAGUACUUCAAAGUGUAUAUCAAUGUGUUUGAC